AUAUAUACAUAUAGACUUUUGAUAACCGCUUUGGAUUUUUUGUUUACUGAAGCUGAAUGCACGAUUUGAACGCACAAAACGUGGAAUAACCAAUGUUGGAUUAUAAUUUAUACCCUUAAUUUUUGGGGGCUACAAUGCGGCCAGAAAAAUACAAUGUUACUACAGUUCAUGCUGCUCAAUGCCAGGAUUAUUUUAAUACAGAUGGUAAUGCUUGCUCUUGUAACUUCGACAUGUGCAAAGAAGACAGACGAAUAUAUCUUGGCGCUCAGCACCGUCAACCAUCGGGCGCUGCAUAUCAAUGCGCACGGGCGCGUAACGGCGGAGGAGACACGGGCACAAUCCUUCAUUAUGGACAGUGUUGGCGAUGUACUCAGCGAAAAAGCAGAUUUCAAAAUCACCAUUUAUGCCAGGGAUGUGGACUAUUAUCUCUGCUUUGUGAGAGGCAGGCUCGUUGGAAGGCGAAACGUCACAAAGGAUUGCCACUUCCAUGAGAAAAUGCACCACGGUUAUUUCGGAUAUGCAUAUGCAUAUAAUGAGACCCUGCGUGUGGGUAUUAAGCGAAAUUUUCACUCGAUCAGUGCUAAGGAUUUAACGAAAAAGGGUAUUGUGAAAAAUGCUUGCUUUCUCUUCUAUCGCGCGAGGGCUGAAGAAUUCCAUAAUCAGUUGUUGAAUUGGCAAAAGAGCACGACAACAACAACAACAACUAGCACCACAACAACAACAACAACAACAUCAACUACAACAACUACAACAACACCCAAGCCAGUGGCGAAAAAGAAAUUCGUUCGCGGCAAGCUGCGGCGUCCACCACAUGCAACAGCAGCAACAACAGCAACAAGUAUUAAUAGCGAUAGUUCUUCCACCUACAACAACAACAACAACAACAAACACCAUAACCAUAGCCAUAACAACAACAACAACAACAACAAUAGUCUUAAGCAACGCCUAACUGACGAUGAGCUGCGUGAGGCGCAAAUCAUACGGCACAACAAGCUGCAGCUCCACAAGCGUAAGCAUCUGAACUUACAGCGGCAACACCAUCAUCGUCUCCAUGUGGCACAUAAUAAUGCCGCUGGUGGUGGCAUGCAGCAGCCGCAGCCCAAAAAUCUUGUGGUGCGUCAUCAUCACAGCAAUGCCACGCGUAGCCGCAAUCGCAAUCGCAAGCGCAGGCAGCGAGAGCGACAACGCCAGCAACAGCAGCAGCAGCAGCAAGAGCGCGAGCGCGAGCGGAGGGAGCAACAUUCAGCUGAGCAGCUGCCCACUGCCUCCUCGGCCAGCUCGUCGUCCUCAUAUACGGCUACGGCGGCAUCGACGGCAUUGAAUUUGAUUGCCAUGCUUACGGCAAGUCGACGCAAGCGUUCGCUGGGCGUGGCGCUGGCGGCGGAGCAGCAGCAGCAGCAGCAGCAACAGCAGCAGCAGCAGCAAUCACAAGCAGAGGCAACGGCGCAGCCUGAGGCGAGGCAGCAGCAACAAAAUGAAUACUCAAAAGCCUAUGUUAAUAGUAAUUUAAAUAUAAAAUUAAUUAGUAAUAGCGGUAAGCUUAAUGUUAAUCAUGCAAUACCUGCCUUGCCAAAAAACUACAACUACUUGUACAGUAACGAGCAUUAUAAUAUGAAUACUAAAAGUAGCACGACUGAUUCUAGCUCUAUAGACACUAGCACUAAGUACGAUAGUCCAAAUAGCCAUAGAAAUAGCCAUAGCCAUAGCCAUAGCAAUAGCAAUAGCCACAGAAUUAGCCAUAGCAGCAGAUCGUUAGAAGACAAUAAUUCGAAGCAGUUGAGCGAUCAACAAGUUGCCACAAAUAAGCGAAAAGAGCGUCUAAUUUCCAGCGUCUACUUGGCGCAGCAAGAGCAACUGCAACAGCAACAGCAACAACAACAGCAGCAUAAUAUAAAUUAUAUGCCUAAUAAUAAUAUUAAUGAGGUUGAUAAUAAUCUGGAGUUGCAGCCUAAUUUAAAUACUAAUCCUUAUACUAAUAGUAAUUAUAAUGAGGAAUUUGCGAAUGACGAAACGAUACGAAUUCAAAACAAAUAUGAAACACAUAUAGUACAAUACAAACCUGAACUUCUCGAUUGCAGCGAUCAAGAGAACAAAAGUUUAUGUGAGCUGAGCUAA